UCAGAAAUACAGAGCUGUCAAUGCUGCAAUUUUGUUGUGAAAUUCACAAUCCAUGUCCAAAUGUGCUUGUUUUACUAUACAGCAAAGAAGGAGAAAUUAUACCGGGCCGACACCUAUAUGGCAAAUUCAGAAAGUGGAAUAUCUCAGCAACCAUAGGGUUUACAGUCAUGAAACUUCACACACUAGUAGCUGAUAACAAUACAAAUCAGUGGCUAAAAGGAUAUUUCCAAGGCGAUGAAUUCCAUAUGUCAGAAGGAAAUUUAGAAUCGUACAACCAGUCAGCAGCUACCCAUAAACCAGACCAACCUAUUAAGUCGAGCGGGCAGAAGCUGUGAUUCCCAGUGUAACACCGCAGAAUGACGCUAGUUUUCG